GUCCUAUUUUAGCUUGUGAUUGGCAGCCAGAAAGUGAAACUGAAAACGAUUUGGUUAAAUCAGUGCUCUAUAAAACAAAGCCGAACAAGAAGGAAAGGACUACUAAACAGCUUAAGAAUAAUUUCACCCACCGCUUCACGUGAGAUUGUCAAGAAACAAGCUGGUUUUUACCCCUCAAAAAUCUGUUCUGAACACAAGUCGAAGAUAAGAACAGUCUGAUAAGAAUAGACAAUCCAGAGCAAGAAGUAGGUAAGAUGAUUACUAUAAAUAGUAAACUUGGUACAAAAGAGGAAAUAUCUUCUCUCGCUACCAAACUUCGCUCAGUUCCUGAUGAUAAAGAUAAAAUAGUGUGCCCAGAUGUGAUAAAGAAGCUGAAACAAACUGAUUUUUACAGUGUGGUUGUUGAUUUGUAUAAGAGUAAUGAGGAGUUGCAAUUUAGGAGGGAUGCAACUUUCUUAUUGAGAAGGGUCGGAUCCUACGGUGAUAAGGAAGAUUUAAAGGAGCUAGUUCAUAGAGGUAUAGUGAGGCUCAUCCUUACAGAUUGUGUUCACUCAACAGAUGCAGAUAUCAUAAUAAACAUAGUGACAGUCUUAAGAGAUGUAUCUUCCGAACAUAACAAGGUUCUUUUGUCAGACAUUGCUGAGGAAGGUCUUUAUGAUAAAAUGAUAUACCUGCUGGAGACCUGGAAAAGAAACGAUGAUAUAGCUGGGAGAAUACUUUUCAUGAUCAACACGAUAAGUAUUUAUGAGAUGUCAUUAGGUGAAGAUAUUGUUUCCUUAAACCAGCCUAGAUUGGUUGAUAUGCUGAGAAAUAAACAUCAACUUCUUAGAGAAAUAAUAAGUUCGGACACCAGCUGUAAAGUAACCGCUGCGAUACUGUUAAAUAAAUACCUGGACAGUAUUAAGGAAAGUGAGAUAUUACAACUGUUAAUACCACCGACAAAUGAAAUGUUCACUGAGGGAGGUAUUGUUAAGUUAGCUAGUAACAUAAGAGCGAUACCUGAUGAAGAAGAAGAAUUUGGAAAACAAGUAAUCAAAGAGGUUGUUUCAGCUGACUUUAUCAGAAAGUUUAGCGAAAAGUACGACAGUAAUACUGAGGAGGUGUAUCGUAGAAACCUGACAUAUGUGAUGGCAAUAGUAGCUUCUAUAGGAGAUAAAGCUGUAAUAAGCUCACUGGUUAAAAGUGGUGUUAUAAAAACUUUGAUAACAACAUUUGAACAUUGCACUGACAGUGAGGUUAUGUGCAAUAUAUCAUAUAUUCUCGAGAACAUUGCAUUUGAUAACGGUGAACACGCACAUGUUGACCACCUUGUUGAGGAGGGAGUUCUAAGCCUUAUAUCUAAACUACUACAGAAGUGGAGUAAAGAUGACAAUGUGAUGGUUAGGUUACUUUACACUUUACAGACAAUUACCUGUUAUAAGCAGGAUAUCAAGGAGUUAGCAAACAGUACAGAGUACGGAAAUAUAGCUCUACUCCUACAAGAGUUAUUAGAAACAGCUUCCUGUGACAGUGUUAUUGUGCAGACUAUUGAUGCGAUCAGGAGUUUAGUACUGUGGACUGAUGUACUUCACACAGUGUUUCUACACGCAAGCUUCUUUACCACAGCUUUCCGACACCUGCAAUCAACUAAGCUAAGCAGUGAUAGUAAGCAGUACCUACUGUGUGAUAUUAUAUGUACAUUAGCAAACAACAAUACUGAUACUAUAAAAGAUCUGCUGAUUCCUUACUCUCAACCACUGAAAGAAUUUGCAAAGACGGGGAGUGAUAGUGGGUUAAGUGUAAAUGCUGCAAUACUUCUAUUCAAAUACCUGGACAGUAUUGAGGAAACUGAGCUAUUACAACUGUUAAUACCACCGACAGAUGAAAUGUUCACUGAGGAAGGUAUUGUAAAGCUAGCCAGUAACAUAAGAGCAAUACCUUAUGAAGAAGAAGAAUUGGGAAAACAAAUAAUCGGAAAGGUUGUUUCAGCUGACUUUAUCAGCAAGUUUAGUGAAAAGUACGACAGUAAUACUGAGGAGGUGUAUCGUAGAAACCUGACAUAUGUGCUUGUAAGAGUAACUUCUCUAGGAGGUAAAGCUGUAAUAAGCUCACUGGUUAAAAGUGGUGUUAUAAAAACUUUGAUAACAACAUUUGAACAUUGCAAUGACAGUGAGGUUAUGUGCAAUAUAUCAUAUUCUCUAGAGAACAUUGCAUAUGAUAACGGGGAUUCCACAAAUGUUGACCACCUUGUUGAGGAGGGAGUUCUAAGCGUUAUAUCUAAACUACUACAGAAGUGGAGUAAUUGUAAAGACGACACUGUGAUGGUUAGGUUACUUUUCACUUUACAGAACAUUACCGGUUAUAGUGAAGAUAUCAAGGAGUUAAUAGCAAACAGUACAGAGUACGAAAACAUAGCUCUACUCCUACAAGAGGUAUUAGAAACAGCUUCCAGUGACAGUGUUCUUGUGCAGACUAUUAAUGCGAUCAGGAGUUUAGUACUGUGGUCUGAUGUACUUCACACAGUGUUUCUACACGCAAGCUUCUUUACCACAGCUUUCCGACACCUGCAAUCAACUGCACUAAACACUGAUUAUAGUAAGCAGUACCUACUGUGUGAUAUUAUAUGUACAUUAGCGAACAAGAAUACUGAUAAUAUAAAAGAUCUGCUGAUUCCUUACUCUCAACUACUGAAAGAAUUUGCAAAGACGGGGAGUGAUAGUGGGUUAAGUGUAAAUGCUGCAAUACUUCUAUUCAAAUACCUGGACAGUAUUGAGGAAACUGAGCUAUUACAACUGUUAAUACCACCGACAGAUGAAAUGUUCACUGAGGAAGGUAUCGUAAAGCUAGCCAGUAACAUAAGAGCAAUACCUUAUGAAGAAGAAGAAUUGGGAAAACAAGUAAUCAGAAAGUUUGUUUCAGCUGACUUUAUCAGCAAGUUUAGUGAAAAGUACGACAGUAAUACUGAGGAGGUGUAUCGUAGAAACCUGACAUAUGUGCUUGAAAGAGUAACUUCUCUAGAAGAUAAAGCUGUAAUAAGCUCACUGGUUAAAAGUGGUGUUAUAAAGCAUUUGAUAACAACAUGUGAAUAUUGCACUGACAGUGAGGUUAUGUGUAAUAUAUCAGAUACUCUGCAGUAUAUUGCAUAUGAUAACGGGGAUGAACACGCACAUGUUGACCACCUUGUUGAGGAGGGAGUUCUAAGCCUUAUAUCUAAACUACUACAGAAGUGGAGUAAAGAUGACACUGUGAUGGUUAGGUUAUUUUGCAUUUUACGAUCCAUUACCUGUCUGCAUAGGCAGGAUAUCAAGGAGUUAAUAGCUAACAGCACAGAGCACGGGAAUAUACCUCUACUCCUACAAGAGUUAUUAGAAACAGCUUCCAGUGACAGUGUUAUUGCGCAGACUAUUGAUGCGAUCAUGUGUUUAGUACUGUGGACUGAUAUACAUCACACAGUGUUUCUACACGCAAGCUUCUUCACCACAGCUUUCCGACACCUGCAAUCAACUACCCUAAACAGUGAUAGUAAGCAGUUAUUACUGUGUGAUAUCAUAUGUACAUUAGCAAACAAGAAUACUGAUAAUAUGAAAGAUCUGCUGAUUCCUUACUCUCGACCACUUAAAGAAUUUGCCAAGACGGGGAGUGAUAGUUUGUUAAGUGUUAAUGCUACAAUACUGUUAAAUAAAUACCUGGGCAGUAUUGAGGAAAGUGAGCUUUAAAUGAAUCUGCGAUUUUGACAUCCUGAGUAGAUAGCCCCUUUGUAUUAUUAGUUAGUGAGUUAGUUAGUAUUACAUUUAGUG